AUGGAUCGCAUUCGGUGCGACGUCAUGCUCUCAUUCUCAGUCUCACUCUCCGGGACGGGCGGGAGGCAACCCAACCCAACGCCACGCAUCCACCGCAUCAACCGCUUCAUCAGCACCGGCAAUCACACUCACACCCUUCGGAAUGACGGACGAACCAUCGUCGGAACUCCUCCCUCCUUCCUGAGGAUUGACCCCCGCCAGCCCCGUCAAUCAGAGGGUCCGCGAAUCGGCAUUACCCGCUACUGCACUGUCUGUGCCUUUUUCAUCUUCGUUCUCGUCCUUCUCCUCCUUUGUCCUUCAUAUUCCAGUCGUUUACCCCUCUACUCAUCUCCAACUCCCUAUCCACUCUCUGACCGCACGGAAGAUAUAUCCGCCAGCGGUUAUCCGGAUCUUCUUCGCUUCACGGUGGACAGUGCUCCUAGUUAUUCCCUUAACAUCCAUCACGAACCUACUUCUCCGACCCGGUUGGGUUUACUUUUUCCACCGCCGACUAUUUCACCAACAAAGUUCCCCAAUUACCCUCGUGAUCGUCGCCACCGCGAAGGAGACAAAAAAAAGAAAACGUUAAAAGCCGCAUUCCGCCCAACAAAAAAAAGAAUCAACGAACACCAACUUCCCUCUACCAAGUCAUUCCCCAAUCGAAAGAUGCGCGAUAUGUCGUCCAAAUUCAUCGAGAUCCUCGACCCCAAUGAUACUCGGCCGCGCAUGUCUGAUUGCGAUGUCCGGCUCGAGGAUGUCCUAGCCGACCAUGAAGCGCUUGUCACUAGGCCCCGAUCCUCCACUCAAUCCUCUUCUAAGCCGAGUCUAGACAACCGUCUAGAUCGCGAUGCACCCACUUCACCCACACAGCGCUGGAAGCGACUCAGCACCAUCCUCGUCCCAGCCAGAAGAGGCUCAGCAUGA